ACCAAAUGUCAAAACUGAACGAAACAUUCCCAUGCACAGCCAGCGACCAAAUGUCAGAAUUUGACAUUUCCAUCUAACGCUUCUACAUUGAAAGAAUUUCUUUGUUGUAAUUCACAUAAGAGCCGUGUAAUUUAUACCAAUCCAUGUGAAUAUAUAUUUUUUAGUGCAAUUUGUGAGUGAGAGAAGAAAAAAAAUUAUGUCAUCUAAUGCGUUGACAGACGAACAGCCAGUGGAAGUGAUAAAGAAAUUCAAAUUUUCGACCAAAGGCGAAAAAGAGGAAAUUGAAAUUGCAAUACCUGAGCUUAUGCAGCCAGGUUAUUCGUUUUACAGUUGGACAUCUUCUUCGGUACUUGCUUGGUUUUUGUGGGUGCAGCGUGAGAAGUUUAUCGGUAAGCGGAUACUUGAAAUUGGAUGUGGAACGGCGUUACCAGGCAUUUUGGCCGCAAAAUUUGGUGCUAAAGUCAUUUUGAGCGAUAGUUGUACGUUACCGAAUACAUUGAAACACGUGAAUCGAUGCUGUAAAAAAAAUAACUUGGAACCGGGAAGAGAUAUCGAUGUGAUCGGACUGACGUGGGGCAUUCUAUUGAAAUCCGUUUUUGAUAUUGGACCCAUCGACUAUAUUAUUGCUUCCGAUUGUUUUUACGAUCCAAGCGUUUUUGAAGAUAUUCUAGUGACGGUGUCAUUUCUACUCAAUACACCCACUUGUGAUACAUCGCCCGUAAAAUUUCUAUUCACCUUCCAGAAUCGGUCGGAAGAUUGGUGUAUCGACCAUUUGUUGCAGAAGUGGCAUUUAAAGUGUUCCAAAGUGAGUUUGGCGUGCGUACGAAAACUCUGUCCGAUCGAUUUCAACACACUGAUAAAGGGCCACACAAUACACUUACUAGAAAUAACGAAAUUGCCAUAAUAGUUGUAAGAGAUUAAUCUAAUUUUAAGUAGUUUAUAAUAAUGAAUGCUGGAUUCAAGAUGAUGCUACGGCGGCUGAACCAAAUUCGAAUGUUCAACACCGUGACAGAGAAGGAUGGCGAUUCUUUGACAUUAUUUGUUGCCAAUCUUCCAUGGACCGUUAGCAAACGAGAGUUGCAAAACUAUUUUACACAAUUUGGACCCGUUUCAAGUGCAGACGUUGUUUUCAAUGAAAAAACCGGACUAUCGAGAGGCUUCGGAUAUGUGACUUAUUCAUUCACCAAGUCAUAUGUGAAGGCAUUGCAAGUGAAAAAUCACAUGCUCGAAGGAAAACUACUUGAAGUCGAUCAAGCCAAGUACAGUAAAAAACAAAGCAAUUACUACAAUGAUGUGUAAACCCUUUUGAUGGCAUGGUUAAGCCUGUUUUUAGUUAAAAGAUGUAUACAUUUUCUAUGGAAAAUAUCAUGAAAUCUUCUCAACAUUAUUGCUAAAUAAAACACUAUUUUUUUCAA